AUGCAUCGCCUUCAAACUCGUCAGGGCCUUCAAACAAGUCGCAAAGAAAUCCGCUACCCCGUUAUUUUGACAGAGUUUGAAAAAUGCAUCGCCUUCAAACUCGUCAGGGCCUUCAAACAAGUCGUAUGCGGGUUUGAUAUAUUGCGCACAAGUAGGGGGCCGUUUGUCUGCGAUGUGAAUGGGUUUUCGUUUGUUAAGUCAAGCAUAAAAUAUUAUGAAGACUGCAGCAGCAUUAUACGUUUAUAUUUCUUAAACAAGCUAGCAUACCGUUGCUGCCGUGCUGCUCUGCAUGCCCCCCUCCCCUCAUCAUCCGGAACAGCAUCAUCAGCAUCAGCAUCAGCAUCAGCAUCAGCAGCAGCAGCAGCAGCAGCGGAACAGCAGCAGCAACAGCAGCAGCAGCAACAUAACCUAGAGCUAUAUCUCGCGCAGCAGCAGAGACGCUGUCCUCAUGAAGAAGCCCGUCUACCCGAUCUCUUCUGGGUGCCAGGGGGCCCCCUACCACCCCCUCAUUUAGGAGAAGAGGAGACACCUCCUCAGCGUAUGGCGAGGUGUCUCUGCAUGGCUUUAGAGACACCUCAGGAGACAGCUGAAGUAGAUGAAGAGCUGCGCACUGUUGUUGUUGUCAUGCGACACGGAGACAGACGCCCUAAACAAAAAUUAAAGUUCUUAUCUACGCAGCCUCUCUUGCUGCAGUACUUUCAGCAGCAGCAGCACUUCAAGAAAGAAAUUAAGCUUAAGAGCCCUGAGGAGUUGAGAGACCUCUUAGAGAGAAAUACAGACAUUAUCACUGCACUUGGCCGCGAGGUAGCAGCAGCCACUCAAGAGCUGCAGGCGGAGAAGGACAACGCAGCAGCAGCAGCAGCAGCAGCAGCAGCAGGUGCUGCUGCUGCUGCAGGGGGCUCUGCUGAAGUGAGUGAGGCCCCCGCUCCGACUCCCCCCGAGGAGCCCUCGCAACAGCAUCAGCAGCAAGAACGCACCAGCAGCAGCAGCAGCAGCAGCAGCAGCCCGAGUAGUGCAGCAGCGAAAAAGGAGGGACGCCUGGAGGCUUUAAAGGCAGAGCUGCGGCUGCAUAAGCAGCUGCAGAAGGUGCUGCUGCAAGGAGACGGCUUUGCUGGCAUUAAUAGAAAGAUACAGCUCAAGCCUAAGAGGUGGGUUAGAGACAUAGAGCAGCAACCUGCUGUCUCCUCUUGCGGGCCUCCAUCAAGGGACUCCUGCAAGCAGCAGCAGCAACAACAGCAACAACAGCAGCAGCAACAGGUGCAGCAGCAGCAGCAGGAGGCGGAGCAGCAGCAGCAAAGUCAACGAGCUUCUGCUGCUCCUCAUGUCUCUGCUGGGGUUAUGAGAUCCUGCAGCGUACCCUUGCUGCCUACAGCCCCUGUUUGUUUGCUGUCUCCUUCUGCUGCUACUGCUUCUUUCUCUCUUGCUGCUGCACACAACAUCGUUGCAACCCCGACAAGUCCUCAGACUGGCGUUGCUGCUGCAGCUGCUGCAGCUGCUGCUGCUGCUGCUGCAGUAGCCAGCUGGCAAGACAAUGCACACCGUGCAGCCUCCAGCAGCAGCCCUGCAGCAAAGCAGACGCCGCCUCAUGCCACCAACAGCGUCAGCAGCAACAGCAGCGCGGGGUGGGGCAGCAGCAGCAGCAGCAGCAGCAGCAGCACGAGCAGCCACAGCAGCAAGAGACUUGAGAGUUGUGUUGUUGUUGCGAAGUGGGGUGGAGAGCUAACAGCAAUCGGUAGAAAACAAGCAGAGGACCUUGGCCAGAGAUUUCGCUACCAACUAUACCCAGGAGACAGCGCGGGGCUGCUGCGGCUGCACAGCACUUUUCGCCACGACUUCAAAAUUUAUACGAGUGACGAGGGAAGGUGCCAGAUAACAUCGGCAGCCUUUACGAAGGGUUUUUUGGAUUUGGAGGGGGAGCUGACCCCUAUUUUGGUUGCCUUAGUAAUUCACAACAGCAAAGCGUACUCUCUGCUAGACGAAGGCUCGCAGUGUGCAGGAGACAAGAGAGUGCUGAAGCAGUGCCUCGACUUCCUCCUCAACUUAAAUGAAGAACAACUCGCGGCCUUAAAGGCUCGCGUGUUGGAGCUAAUAAAGCAGCGGCAGCAGCAGCAGCAGCAGCUGCAGCUGCAAGACACAGAGGAGCCGCCGGCCGCCGCUGGGGCCCCCGCAGCAGCAGCAGCAGGAGGCGCAGCAGCAGGAGAAGGGGGAGGCGAGGGACAGAACACAGGGGCUUCAGUGCAGCAGAAGGAGACAGUUUGUGUUGGGGUGUCUGCACACCGCGACGGGCGAGAGACGGAGGAGGUGUGGGGUGCUGAGCGUCUGCUGCUGGACUGCCCUGAAGCAGAUAUUAAUCUUAUCCCCACGCAGCUAGAAUCGCUGCAGCAGCGGCUGCUGUCUCCAGUUGAGAAGCAAAAAGAGAUAUUGAGUUUGCUGAAGCGUUUCCUAGCGUUGCUGGAGCCUCUUAUUGAAGAGACAACAGCAGGAGACACCGAAGGUGCGGGCACCCCUGUCUCCUCGGCCCCGCUGUCUGUGAAGCAAGCAGCAGCAACAAAGCUGCUGGAUAUGAGAAGCAGAUGGGAGAAGAUCGCUGCCGAUUGGUACAAGGGGGGUCUCUUUGACAGCAGCAAAGUCUCUGAUAUUUUGGAUUUAGUUCGAUAUGAGUUAAUUCACCACUGCUAUCUCCUCUCCCGCGACGCUGUACAGACAGCUAUUAGCAUACACAACAGCAUAAAGCAGCUGCAGGAGGCCGUUGCUGCAUUUGCUGCUGCACAUAGCAGCGAAGAAAAACUCCGCUUGGCUGUCCCCGUGGUUAGCAGACUCAUUCGGAAGAUCUUAAGAGACGUGACCUUCUUCAGGAGCGACGACUCGCAGCAGAAGCCGCAAGCAGCAGCAGGGAACCCCUCGUGCUUCUCUUGUAAUUCUGCUGCUUGGGGUACGUCUCUAGGUGCUGCUGCAGCAGCCGCAGCAGCAGUGACAACUGAAGAAGCUCCAGAUGCAAGUGCUGCUGCUGCUGCUGCUGCUGCUGGGGGAGAGGCACAAGGGACAGACGCCCUGCUGCAGAAAGGAGACAGUUCAGCAGGCGCAGGCCGCUCCCCCGCUAGCUGCAGCACUCCUGCUGCUGAAGGAGACAGCGGGUUGAUUGCAUUUAAAGAAGACAGAGACAUCUCUUUUAGAGGGACACGUAGAGGGACAGCUACCUCCGGACCCGCCCGCAGCAGCAGCAGCGGCAGCAGCAGCAGCAGCAGCACUUCUUCCUGUCUCGGUGUCUCAGCAGCAAACAAUGCUCUACGCGCCGCAGGGGAAUGCCUGCAGUCUCCCCGCGGGGGAGGAGGCCCGGGGAUCGUUGGGAUCGUCUCGGGAUCGGGAUCGGGAUCGGGAUCGGGUGCUCCUGCGGGAUCGCCUCGAGGCCGCAGCAGCUGCUCCCCACAUGCACCCUCUGUGGGAGCAGCAGAAAUGCGGCGGAGUCUGGAGCCCCGCUGCAGCCCUGGGGGAGGUGGUGCUACUCGCAGCAGCAGCACGCAGGGAUGUUCUAGCAGCAGCAGCACGAGGGAGGCUGCAGCAGCAGCAGCAGCAGGGAAAGGCAGCAGUUGCCGCAGCAACAGCCGCAGCAGCGGCAGCUCCUUAGCCUGCAGCAGCGGCAUUAGGGGCCGCGGCAGGUGUACCCCUUCAGCUGGUGCAGCAGGAAGCAGCGGUGCUGCAGCAGAUCUUGCUCUUAGGCCCCCAGGUGUCUCUUGUGGGGUCGGUGGGAUCGUCUCCGCAGAUGCUGCUGAGGCUGUUGUUAUAAACAGCAAUGAUCUCUGGGCUCAUCAGCAAGCAGGUGGUAGAGGCAAGAAAGAAAAGGCACUGAAAUUUAAAAGAGAAGAACAGGUGCAGCAGCUGCAUCUCAAGCAUGUACAGUCUGAGCUGAAGCUGCUGCAGCAGCAAGACACCCCAGACGCACACAGGCUCUCGACCCCGCUGCAGCAGCAGCUCCAGCAACAGCUGCAGCUGCAGCAGCAGCUCCAACAGCAGUUUCAGCUGCAGCAGCUGCAGCAGCAACUGGCUAGCAGAGACACCUCGGGACCUUCACCAGAGCUGCAGCAUCCCCAGAAGCAACCCUCGACUCCAAGCGAGCUGCUGCUGCUGCAGGAUCAGCAGCAGCAGCAGCAGCGCCACAUGGGGGCCUCCUCGGGUCAGGCCCCCUCUACUCCUUACGAGAGCAGCGUGCUGCCUUCGCGGCAAGACUCGGAGGACCCGCAGCAGCUGCAGCAGCAGCAACAGCUGCAGCAGCAGCUGCAACAACAAUUGAGCCAACAGCUCCAGCAGCAACUCCACCAGCAGCUGCAGCAGCAGCAGCAGCAGGACCCCCUGCAAACAAGAGACAGAGGAGGUGCAGCAGAGGGGCCUGAUGGAGACAAUAUGCAAACUGCUGAGCAGCAGCAAGAAGCAGCAGGUGGGGACGAAGAGGAGGAGCACGAAGAUGAUGAUCCUCACCAGCAUGAGGUUGCUGCAGAAAUUCGCUUGAAAGAGGGCGAAGCACACUUGUUUGGGAUCCGAUCCCCGUGGAGGAUCGUCCGCAGUCGGUUUUAUGUUACGAGUGCUAGCCAUGUAGAGGCCCUACUCAAUGUCCUUCUUCUAAGCCACAACGCUGUCGCAUGCAAUCCCCGCGCUGCUGCUCGUGCAGAGGCAAUUAAUAGAGGGGCAGCUACAGCAGCAGCACGAGCAGAAGCAGCAGCAGGAGCAGCAGCAACAACAGCAGCAGCAGCAGGCAGCAGCGACCUUCCCGAGGGAGCUUCAGAAUCAAGUGCUGAGAAGAACGAGGAGGCUAAAGAACAGUUUAGGCCUAUCUUUGAUCGCGAUCUGCGUGAGUGGCUGGGGCAGUGUGAAUUACAUUAUCUCUCGCAUAUCGUUUUUAGGGUCUGGGAGAGAAGAAAGGCUAGGCCUACACCAGGUGUCUCCUCAGCUCAAUGCCAGCAGCAGCAGCAGCAGCAGCAGCAGCAGCAAGAAGAGAAGGGUCGAUAUCGCCUGGAGAUUUUUUUCAGCACAGGCGCCCGCGAUGGCUUUGGGGAGAACUUUUACCUGUUAGAGCGCAAGGCGCGGCAGCAGCAGCAGCAGCAGCGGCAGCAGCAGCAGCAGCAGCAGCAGCAGAGUGUCUCCGCCCCAGCCCCUAGCGCUCGCUCGCAGCUAUGGCGUGAGGUGCAUCAACAGGAGGAAGAUGAAGCCCGCUCUCAUUCGCUGCACCCUGUUGGUGUCUCCUCUGAGGUUCAGGUGUCUCCUUCUGCUGCAGCAGAGGAGACAGCAGCUUCUUGUGGGGUCUCUUGCCCCUCAGCAGACACCGCCGGCACCGCCUGCAACAGCAGCACCACCACAACCACCACCACUACAAGCAGCAGCAGCAGCAGCAGCAGCAGCAGCAGCAGCAGCAGCAGCAACAGCGGAGGCCCCCAUAGAACAGGCUGCUUCUGCAGAACCCCCUAUACUAACCGCGUACCCCCCUACUGCGAGAUUGCUCCUCUGCUGCCCCUCGGCCGCUCUGUUGAUGUUGCAGACUUUGACGAGCUCAUGACUGAAGUCCUGCGGCGCUAUGGAGAUGCGGGGGGGCCCCAGCGAAACCGCUCUGAUAAGCCGAAGGCGCAGCAAAGCUGA